AUGGCAGACACAGCUCAAAGCGGUAUUUCUAUCGCCGAGCUGAAGGCGGAGAUAGAAAGAUUGAGUCGCGAGCUCGACCAAGCUAGUAGCGAAAAGAUCCAGUCGGCACAGCUGGGUCUGGUUCUCUUAGAGGAGAAGAGUGCGCUCCAGCAACGAUGCGACGAGCUGGAGAGCGUUUACGAGAACACAAAACACGAGUUGGAGAUCACACAGGAGGCUUUAAUGAAACUUGACACAUCGCAAAAAGAGACUACACAAAGUGGUAUAGAACAGGAAAAUGCUCUCCUUAAUGAGUCUGCGGCUAUAGAAAGUUCACUUACACUACAAAUAAUUGAGCUGGAAGGAGAAACAAAACAGUUACGUCACGAAUUGGAGCGUGUUAUCAGCGAAAGAGACAGACUAUUAGCAGAAAGUUCAGAGCUUGGGGCUGACAAGGCGACAAGGGAGUCGGAGCGAGCCGCCCUCAGGGCGGAACUGCGAGAGGCCAGACAAAGGGAGCAAAGACUACUUCUGGACAUCGGCGAUUUGGAAGAUGAGAACAUCUCGCUGCAGAAACAAGUCUCCGCCUUGCGAUCUUCACAGGUGGAAUUUGAAGGUCUGAAACAUGAAGUACGGCAAUUACGCGAAGAAGCGGAGAAUGCUCGUGCAGCGGCUGAAGAGAUGGCUGCGUUGCGGCGUAUUGCUGAACGACAACUUGCGGAGGCGCUGGAAGCCCUGCAAGCGGAAAGAGAAGCGAAAUUUGCCGCCAAAAAGGAGCUCGAUGCCCAUCUCAGCAGGGAAGCCGCCUACAACAUUACCAACUUGGCAUACAGUAUACGAGGUAUGCCGGAGGAUGGCGGCGACGAAGAGGGAGAAGCAGGUGGUUCCGAGGGUGCAGACCUCGGCGCCGACCACCACGCCGAUCUGUUCUCCGAAGUCCAUCUACACGAGAUAUCCCGCCUUGAGAAACAACUUGAACAGGCGCAUAACGAAAAUAGUCAGCUCUCGACAUCUCUACGCACAGCACAGACUACAGCAGAGAACGAAAGUGCCGCGGCCACAGCGCUAAGGAACGGUUUGGUCAGAUUGGCUUCUCGUCUGUCCGCGUUACGACACUUGCAUUCGGAUUGCGGACCGCUGGAGGAGGAAAAGAUAGAGGGCGGCGUAAGCGCUCGCGCAGCGAAAUGGUUGACCUGGUGGCGCGUGUCUGGCGGUGAGGUCAGUGCGCUGGCGGACACGCUCGCCGAGCUGCUCGCCGCGCAACCAGCGCCGCCUGGAUCACCGGCUGCUCUGCAGAGGCAGGCCCUCGCACAAUUGUCCGACCGCGUGGCUGAAGCGGAAUUACGUUGCACCGCUCUGCAAGUUGACGCCGAUCUUCUCAGAACUAUUGCUGGAGGUGCUGGUCGUGCCCUUGCAUCAGCGGCGCCGGCUUUAACGUCAGCGGCAGAGACUCUCGCGCAGCUGUACCACCACGUUUGUGCCGUCAACGGUACUCAACCCGAGCGAUUGUUGCUCGAGCAUGCUCACCAGACCGAUGGUGUCGGUGCAGAAGGGCGGGGUGUUGACGAAGAGGCCUUGGCUUUGGCUGCCGGAGAGUUAGAAGGUCUGAGAGCGGCUGGCAGUGUAGCCAGAUAUGCUGAUACACUGCUAGACCAACUUACACAUCUUCGUGCUGCCCUCGACACAGCGCUAGACUCGAGACAUAGACACCAGCCAGUUAUGGAAACUGAGGAGCGCGGAGCGGAACUGGCGGAUCUGCAAGAGCAAGUCAUCAAGCUCAAAUCUCUGUUGUCGACGAAGCGCGAACAAAUCGCAACGCUGCGCACGGUCCUCAAGUCGAACAAGAACACCGCGGAGGUGGCUCUGGCGAACCUCAAGUCCAAGUACGAGACCGAGAAGACGAUCGUCACGGAGACCAUGCUGAAGCUGAGGAACGAGCUGCGGCUGCUCAAGGAGGACGCCGCCACAUUCUCCAGUUUACGGGCUAUGUUCGCGGCUAGAUGCGAGGAAUAUGUGACUCAAGUUGACGAGUUACAACAAGCGCUCGCUAGUGCCGAAGAGGAGAAGAAGACCCUGAACCAGCUAUUGCGUCUCGCAGUGCAACAGAAGCUGUCCCUAACGCAAAGACUCGAAGAGUUGGAGGUUGACCGUGAAAUGCGCACGCGCCGCGUCCCCAAGGCGGGUGGUACUGCGCGCGCGCGCCCUAGAGAUUUCUAG